GAAAGUAAGCUGAAUAAGGCUCGGACCGUUAUUAACAUAUUCGCCGCAGGGCCAGAGGAGAGCAGGUAUAGACGAGGGGUCGGAUCUCAUCUCUGAGACACUCUGGCAACCCAGCGCGGUCCCCGCACUUGCACCACAGCACGCGCUGCAGCUGCUGCAACAGAAGAAUCAAAACCGUGAUGCCAUCCAACAAGUACUCCUCUGCCAUCAUGGUUGAAAGUGACAAGAUGACAGCAACGGCUGCUGUGAAUGGCGAUAUGAUGACAGUGGAGGGUCUUUCGGAGAGCGACAGCGGCCUGGAGAUGGCCAGCGAGAACAGCCCCCUCACAGCUGCUGAACCCCCUUCACCCUUCUGCCCCAAAGAGACCGGUGAUGCUGAGUCCCCUCCAGACAACACAAACCUACUCUCAGGAAGGAGAAAGAGGACUAGGAAGCGCUUGGAGACAGAAGAGGAGUGUGACUGGGAGUGUCGCUAUGGCGAAGAAGACAAGUCCCAAGUUCCAGUCGUGUGUGAGUCCAACCUAAGACGGCAGCCCCCACCCAGGACCAUUUUCCAGGCUGGCCUGACAUCAUGCAGCAAGCCCAGCACCCGGGAGAGGAGCCGGAAAAGCAAGAAGGAGCAGGGCAGCCCACAAACCAGUGGCACACUGUGUCAUGUGAUUGGAGUCCCUGAGGGCCCCUCCCUGGAUCUUCUGGAGCAGGAUUCAAAGGACUCUGCCCAGAGUAGUGGGACCACCACUUCGCUCAGCUCCUCAGAGAGCAUCAGCCAGCCUGAAUACAAGGACAGUAAAGGCUUUGGCAUAGGGGAGCUGGUGUGGGGGAAGAUCAAGGGCUUCUCCUGGUGGCCGGGCAUUGUGGUGACCUGGCGUGCCACGGGCAAGAGGCAGGCCACCCCCGGCAUGAGAUGGCUGCAAUGGUUUGGGGAUGGCAAAUUUUCUGAGGUAUCUGCUGAUAAGCUAGACUCCAUCAUGGCCUUCCCCAAGUUCUUCAGUCCGGCCUCGUACACUAAGCUGGCCUCCUACCGUAGAGCGAUCUUCCAGGUACUAGAGAUGGCCAGCGUGCGAGCAGGGAAAACUUUCCCGGUUUGUGAGACAGACAGCCUGGAGGACCAGGUGAAGCCCAUGCUGGACUGGGCUAAUGAGGGCUUUCUACCCAAGGGCUUGGAGGGGCUCAAACCCACGGAGAAUGCUGAUUGUAGUUCCCUGAAUCACCAGGUCCUAGAUGUUAGUGUAUCUGAGUAUUUCCCGACAGCCAAGAGGCAGAAACUUAGUUCAUGCAAAGCCAAGCAAGGAGCAGAAGAUGUUUACAGCAGAGAGCAGAUGGUCGAUGAAGUUCUGAAGAAUAAAAGAAGUGUAGAAGAAUUUUGCAUCUCGUGUGGAAAGAUGAGACCUGCAACAUUUCAUCCACUUUUUGAAGGUGGCCUUUGCCAAACAUGCAAGGAUGUAUAUUUAGAGAUCUCCUACAUGUAUGACGAUGAUGGGUACCAGUCCUACUGCACAGUUUGCUGCGGCGGGAGAGAAGUGCUCCUCUGUGGGAAUGCCAACUGCUGCAGGUGUUUCUGUGUCGACUGCUUGGACAUCCUAGUGGGUCCCGGAGCAUCAGAGAGCGCACGGGCCCUGGACCCCUGGUGUUGCUACAUGUGUCAGCCCUCUGAGCAGUAUGGCGUGCUUAAACGCAGACUUGACUGGAGCAUAAAGUUACAAGAGUUCUUUGUCAGCGACAAUGGCCAGGAGUUUGAAAAGCCCAAGAUGUACCCAGCAGUGCCUGCAGAGCAGAGACGACCCAUUCGUGUCCUCUCCCUGUUUGAUGGAAUUGCCACAGGUUAUCUCGUGCUACGUGAUCUUGGUUUCAAGGUGGGUCAGUACGUAGCGUCAGAGGUGUGCGAAGAUUCCAUCUCAGUGGGAGUUGUACGACAUGAAGGAAAAAUCCAGUAUGUGCACGAUGUGAGGAACAUUACCAGGAAGAAUAUUGCAGAAUGGGGGCCGUUUGAUCUGGUUAUUGGCGGAAGCCCAUGUAAUGACCUCUCUAUUGUCAAUCCUGCCAGGAAGGGCCUCUAUGAGGGCACCGGACGCCUCUUCUUCGAGUUCUACCGGCUGCUAAGUGAGGCCAAACCCAAGGAAGGCGAGGACCGGCCCUUCUUUUGGAUGUUUGAGAACGUGGUUGCCAUGGGUGUCAAUGACAAGAGGGACAUUUCCCGUUUUCUUGAGUGCAAUCCAGUGAUGAUUGACGCCAUUGAAGUGUCUGCUGCACACCGGGCUCGCUACUUCUGGGGCAAUCUGCCAGGAAUGAACAGGCCACUUUGUGCAUCAGGGAUGGACAAGCUGGAGCUCCAGGACUGCCUGGAACAUGGACGUGUGGCCAAGUUCGGGAAGGUGCGCACUAUCACCACACGAUCCAAUUCCAUUAAGCAGGGCAAAGACCAGCAUUUUCCUGUCAUUAUGAAUGGGAAGGAGGACAUCUUGUGGUGCACAGAGCUGGAAAGGAUCUUUGGCUUUCCAGUUCACUACACAGAUGUGUCCAACAUGGGACGUGGAGCCCGGCAAAAGCUGCUGGGUCGCUCCUGGAGUGUCCCAGUAAUCCGACACCUGUUUGCUCCACUCAAGGACUACUUUGCCUGCGAGUAG